AUGUCCGCAGACUUCUGGGCAGGUUACGUAUCCGGCGCAGCAGGUAUAAUAAUCGGAAACCCCCUCGACUUAAUAAAAACGCGUCUGCAAGCCGGCAAAACAGCGCAAAAUGUCGAACCUACAACAGCAACGGGUGCGGUAACAGCACCAAAUAGCUUCAAAGGACAUUUUGAAAAUGCUGGGACGCUCGUAAGAGGCGCAACAGCACCCAUUCUGACCUAUGGCGCGCUCAACGCUCUCUUGUUCAUGACAUACAAUCGCACUCUCUCCUUACUAAACGAUUCGCCCACAUCACCUACAAACUUCUCCAAAGUCUUCCUCGCUGGCGCAACUGGUGGCCUCGCAUCUUUCGUGGUUAGCGCACCUACGGAACUCGUAAAGUGCCGCGCACAGGUUGCUACGAGCGCGACAACAACGUCGUGGAGUGUAGCGAGGGAUGUUUGGAGGACGGAAGGAAUCAGGGGGUUGUACUAUGGAGGUGGCAUUACUAGUGUGAGAGACGCAGUGGGAUAUGGUUUUUAUUUCUGGUCUUACGAACUUUCCAAGCAAGCCUGGAGCUCACCAGACGACUCGGAUAGAGAAACGGCUAUGAAAGUGCUGCUGUGUGGAGGUCUGGCCGGAGUGAUAACCUGGGCGUCCAUAUUUCCAUUGGAUGUUAUCAAGACGCGGGUUCAGACGCAGAUACUACAUGCGCCGGUACGAGAUGGUGAGCAGAGUGCGCUGCUAGGGUCAGAGGCACCGAGAGCGCGGUUGAGCUCUGUUGAGAUCGCUAGGCAAGCCUACCGGACAGAGGGUGUGGGCGUUUUCUUCCGCGGCCUUGGGAUAUGUAGUGUACGAGCAUUUGUGGUAAAUGCAGUUCAGUGGGCUGUCUAUGAGUGGAUGAUGAAAUUGCUGCAGCAAUAA